AUGAGGUUUGGAGGAAGCGAUACUCUUCUAUCAGACCAAACGAUACCACUGGAGAAAGUGGAGAAGCUCGCAGGCGCACGGAGCCCUUUUCCAGCACCGAAGACAUGUAGCCCUAAACAGUUUGCAUGCAAAGAUCAGAUUACGUGCAUAUCUAAGGGCUGGCGCUGUGACGGGGAAAAGGAUUGUCCCGAUGGCUCGGAUGAAUCGCCUGAUAUAUGUCCUCAGAGCAAGGUGUCACGAUGCCAACCCAACGAACACAACUGCCUGGGCACGGAGCUCUGCAUACACAUGAGCAAACUGUGCAACGGGCUCCACGACUGCUUCGAUGGCUCGGACGAGGGGCCACACUGUCGGGAGCAAUUAGCAAACUGCACGGCCCUGGCCUGCCAGCACCACUGCGUGCCGACGCUGAGUGGACCAGCCUGCUACUGCAACAACUCCUUCCAGCUGGCGGAGGACAGGAAGAGCUGCAAAGACUUUGAUGAAUGCACAGUCUAUGGGACCUGCAGCCAGACGUGCACCAACACAGAGGGUUCCUACACGUGCAGCUGUGUUGAAGGGUACCUCUUGCAGCCUGAUAACAGAUCCUGCAAAGCCAAGAAUGAGCCGGUGGAUCGCCCUCCUGUGCUGCUCAUUGCCAACUCUCAGAACAUCCUGGCCACCUACCUGAGCGGAGCCCCUGUGCCCAACAUCACCCCCACCAGUGCCAAGCAGACCACGGCCAUGGACUUCAACUACAUUGAAGACACAGUGUGCUGGGUUCACGUGGGUGACAGUGCCUCCCAGACCAUCCUCAAGUGUGCCAAGAUCCCCAACCUCAAGGGCUUUGUGGAAGAGCGCUCCAUCAACAUCUCCCUCAGCCUACACCAUGUGGAGCAGAUGGCUAUUGACUGGCUCACGGGCAACUUCUACUUCGUCGACGACAUCGAUGACAGGAUCUUCGUCUGCAACAAGAACGGCGUCACCUGCGUCACUCUGCUGGACCUGGAGCUGUAUAACCCCAAAGGGAUAGCGCUGGACCCAGCCAUGGGCAAAGUGUUCUUCACGGACUACGGGCAGAUCCCCAAGGUGGAGCGCUGCGACAUGGACGGGCAGAACCGCACCAAGCUGGUGGACAGCAAGAUUGUUUUCCCCCAUGGCAUCACCUUGGACUUGGUGAACCGGCUCGUGUACUGGGCUGAUGCAUACCUGGACUAUAUUGAGGUGGUGGACUACGAAGGCAAGAACAGACAUACCAUCAUCCAGGGCAUCCUGAUUGAACACCUCUACGGGCUCACCGUCUUUGAGAACUACCUCUAUGCCACCAACUCUGACAAUGCCAACGCCCAGCAGAAAACCAGUGUCAUCCGGGUCAACCGUUUCAACAGCACGGAGUACCAAGUGGUGACAAGGGUGGACAAGGGAGGAGCGUUGCAUAUCUACCACCAGCGGCGACAGCCCACAGUGCGGAGCCAUGCCUGCGAACCAGAUCAAUUCGGCAAACCGGGAGGCUGCUCCGACAUCUGCCUCCUUGGGAACAGCCACAAGACCCGUACCUGCCGCUGCAGGUCUGGAUUCAGCCUGGGCAGUGACGGGAAGUCCUGCAAAAAGCCAGAGCAUGAGUUGUUCCUGGUGUAUGGGAAGGGCCGUCCCGGCAUCAUCCGCGGGAUGGACAUGGGUGCCAAGGUGCCUGAUGAGCACAUGAUCCCCAUUGAGAACCUCAUGAACCCCCGAGCGCUGGACUUCCACGCUGAGACCGGCUUUAUCUACUUUGCCGACACCACCAGCUACCUCAUUGGGCGCCAGAAGAUCGAUGGCACGGAGCGAGAGACCAUCCUGAAAGAUGGCAUCCACAAUGUGGAAGGGAUUGCUGUGGACUGGAUGGGGAACAACCUGUACUGGACUGAUGAUGGCCCGAAGAAGACCAUCAGUGUGGCUCGGCUGGAGAAGGCCGCCCAGACGCGGAAGACACUGAUAGAGGGGAAGAUGACCCACCCCAGAGCAAUCGUGGUGGAUCCCCUGAAUGGGUGGAUGUACUGGACGGACUGGGAGGAGGACCCCAAGGACAGCAAGAGAGGCAAGAUUGAGAGAGCCUGGAUGGAUGGAUCCAACCGCAACGUCUUCAUCACCUCCAAGACUGUCCUGUGGCCCAACGGGCUGAGCCUGGACAUCCCAGCCAAGAUCCUCUACUGGGUGGAUGCUUUCUAUGACCGCAUCGAAAUGGUCUACCUGAACGGCACCGAGCGGAAGAUUGUGUACGAGGGACCGGAGCUGAAUCAUGCCUUUGGGCUGUGUCACUACAGCAGCUUCCUCUUCUGGACCGAGUACCGCAGCGGCAGCAUCUACCGCCUGGACCAGGCCUCCAAGGUGGUGAGCCUGCUGCGGAAUGAGCGCCCGCCCAUCUUCGAGAUCCGGAUGUAUGAUGCCCAGCAGCAGCAAGUGGGUUCCAACAAGUGCCGCGUGAACAACGGGGGCUGCAGCAGCUUGUGCCUGGCCACCCCUCGGGGCCGGCAGUGUGCCUGUGCUGAGGACCAGAUCCUGGGACCGGACUCCGUCACCUGCCAGGCCAACCCGUCCUACAUCCCCCCUCCGCAGUGCCAGCCUGGGGAGUUCGCCUGUAAGAACAACCGCUGCAUCCAGGAACGCUGGAAGUGCGAUGGGGACAACGACUGCCUGGACAACAGCGAUGAGGCCCCCGAGCUCUGCCACCAGCACACCUGCCCUUCGGACCGCUUCAAGUGCAAGAACAACCGGUGCAUCCCCAAUCGCUGGCUCUGCGAUGGGGACAAUGACUGUGGGAACAACGAGGACGAGUCCAACUCCACGUGCUCUGCCCGGACCUGCUCCCCCAACCAGUUCUCCUGCGCCAGCGGGCGCUGCAUCCCCAUCUCCUGGACAUGUGACCUGGACGAUGACUGUGGGGACCGCUCUGAUGAGUCUGCCUCGUGCGCCUACCCGACCUGCUUCCCCUUGACGCAGUUCACCUGCAACAACGGGCGCUGCAUAAACAUCAACUGGCGGUGUGACAACGAAAAAGAUUGUGGGGAUGGCUCUGACGAAAAGAACUGUCCAAAGCCUACCGCUUGCUGGGCUCGGUGCAUUCGGCAUCGUGUGCCCAUCCGCGGGGACAUGGGAACAAAGAGGGCGUGCCGGCUGGACGGGCUCUGCAUCCCCAUGCGCUGGCGCUGCGACGGCGACACCGACUGCAUGGACUCCAGCGACGAGAAGAACUGCGAGGGCGUCACCCACGUCUGCGACCCCAACGUCAAGUUCGGCUGCAAGGACUCAGCCCGCUGCAUCAGCAAGGCCUGGGUGUGUGACGGGGACAGCGACUGUGAGGACAACUCGGACGAGGAGAACUGUGAGUCGCUGGUGUGCAAACCGCCCUCCCACACCUGCGCCAACAACACCUCGAUCUGCCUGCCCCCCGAGAAGCUCUGCGACGGCUCCGACGACUGUGGGGAUGGCUCCGACGAGGGCGAGCUCUGUGGUGAGUGCUCUCUGAACAACGGUGGCUGCAGCCACAACUGCACCGUGGCUCCCGGCGAGGGCAUCGUGUGCUCCUGCCCGCUGGGCAUGGAGCUGGGCUCAGAUAACAAGACCUGCCAGAUCCAGAGCUACUGUGCCAAGCACCUCAAGUGCAGCCAGAAGUGCGAGCAGGACAAGUACAACGUGAAGUGCUCCUGCUAUGAGGGCUGGAUGCUGGAGCCCGACGGCGAGAGCUGCCGCAGCCUGGACCCCUUCAAGCCCUUCAUUAUCUUCUCCAACCGCCACGAGAUCCGCCGCAUUGACCUGCACAGGGGUGACUACAGUGUCCUGGUACCCGGACUGCGCAACACCAUUGCCUUGGACUUUCACCUCAACCAGAGCUCGCUGUACUGGACUGACGUGGUGGAAGACAAAAUCUACCGGGGAAAGCUGCUUGAGAACGGAGCUCUGACCAGCUUUGAGGUGGUGAUACAGUAUGGGCUGGCCACCCCCGAGGGCCUGGCUGUGGACUGGAUCGCUGGCAAUAUCUACUGGGUGGAGAGCAACCUGGACCAGAUUGAGGUGGCCAAGCUGGAUGGCACCAUGAGAACCACGCUGCUGGCUGGGGACAUCGAGCAUCCCCGCGCCAUCGCCCUGGACCCCCGCUACGGGAUCCUCUUCUGGACAGACUGGGAUGCCAGCCUGCCCCGCAUCGAGGCUGCCUCCAUGAGUGGCGCGGGCCGGCGCACCAUCCACAAGGAGACGGGCUCUGGGGGCUGGCCCAAUGGGCUCACCGUCGACUACCUGGAGAAGCGCAUCCUCUGGAUCGAUGCCAGGUCAGACGCUAUCUACUCGGCUCUGUAUGACGGAACAGGGCACAUCGAGGUGCUGCGGGGCCAUGAGUACCUGUCGCAUCCCUUCGCCGUCACCCUCUAUGGGGGUGAGGUCUACUGGACCGACUGGCGCACCAACACGCUGGCCAAGGCCAACAAAUGGACCGGGCAUAACGUCACGGUGGUGCAGAGGACGAACACUCAGCCCUUCGACCUGCAGGUGUAUCACCCCUCCCGGCAGCCACUGGCUCCAAAUCCCUGUGAAGCCAAUGGGGGCAAAGGGCCGUGCUCCCACCUCUGCCUCAUCAACUACAACCGCACCCUGUCCUGUGCCUGCCCGCACCUCAUGAAACUGGACAAGGACAACACAACCUGCUAUGAGUUUAAGAAGUUCCUGCUGUACGCGCGGCAGAUGGAGAUCCGUGGUGUGGACAUUGAUAAUCCCUACUACAACUACAUCAUCUCCUUCACGGUGCCCGAUAUCGACAACGUCACUGUGGUGGACUACGAUGCCCUGGAGCAGCGCAUUUACUGGUCUGACGUGCGCACUCAGACCAUCAAGAGAGCCUUCAUCAACGGCACUGGUGUGGAGACUGUGGUCUCUGCAGACCUGCCCAAUGCUCAUGGCCUCUCCGUGGACUGGGUUUCCAGAAACCUCUUCUGGACCAGCUAUGAUGCCAACAAGAAGCAGAUCAAUGUUGCGCGGCUGGAUGGCUCCUUCAAGAACGCAGUGAUUCAGGGGCUGGACAAGCCCCACUGCUUGGUGGUUCACCCCCUCAAAGGGAAGCUCUACUGGACAGAUGGGGACAACAUCAGCGUGGCCAACAUGGAUGGCAGCAACCGCACCCUCCUCUUCACCAACCAGAAAGGGCCUGUUGGGCUGGCCAUUGACUACCCAGAGAGCAAGCUGUACUGGAUCAGCUCCGGCAAUGGCACCAUUAACAGGUGUAACCUGGACGGCAGCAGCUUGGAGGUGAUCGAGACAGUGAAGAGCCAGCUGAGCAAGGCGACAGCCCUGGCCAUCAUGGGCGACAAGCUGUGGUGGGCUGACCAGGCCUCGGAAAGGAUGGGUACCUGCAACAAGAAGGAUGGCACGGAGGUGACUGUGCUGCGCAACAGCACCACGUUGGUGAUGCACAUGAAGGUGUAUGACGAGAGCAUCCAGCAGGCUGGAACCAACCCCUGCAGCGUAAAUAACGGCGACUGCUCACAGCUCUGCCUCCCCACUUCGGAGGUGUCCCGGUCCUGCAUGUGCACUGCUGGCUACAGUCUGAAGAGCGGGCAGCAGUCCUGCGAGGGUGUUGGCUCCUUCCUUCUGUACUCGGUCCACGAGGGGAUCCGUGGUAUUCCCCUGGAUCCCAACGACAAGUCAGAUGCCCUGGUGCCAGUGUCUGGGACCUCUCUGGCCGUGGGCAUCGACUUUCACGCAGAGAACGAUACCAUAUACUGGGUGGAUAUGGGUCUGAGCACCAUCAGCCGGGCCAAGCGGGACCAGACGUGGCGGGAGGACGUGGUCACCAACGGCAUUGGCCGGGUGGAAGGCAUUGCUGUGGACUGGAUUGCAGGGAACAUCUACUGGACAGACCAGGGUUUCGAUGUCAUUGAGGUGGCCAGGCUGAACGGGUCCUUCCGCUACGUGGUGAUCUCCCAGGGGCUGGACAAGCCGCGGGCCAUUACAGUCCAUCCAGAGAAGGGGUACCUGUUCUGGACGGAGUGGGGGCAGUAUCCCCGCAUCGAGCGGUCUCGCCUGGACGGAACCGAGCGGAUGGUGCUGGUGAACGUCAGCAUCAGUUGGCCCAACGGGAUAUCGGUCGACUAUGAGGAUGGGAAGCUUUACUGGUGCGACGCUCGGACAGACAAGAUUGAACGAAUUGACCUGGAGACUGGGGAAAACCGAGAAGUCGUCCUGUCCAGCAACAACAUGGACAUGUUCUCAGUGUCUGUCUUUGAGGAUUACAUUUACUGGAGUGACAGGACCCAUGCAAACGGCUCCAUUAAACGAGGCAGCAAGGACAACGCCACGGAGUCGGUGUCUCUGCGGACAGGGAUCGGUGUGCAGCUCAAGGACAUCAAAGUGUUCAACCGCGCCAGGCAGAAGGGCACCAACAUCUGUGCCCAGAGCAAUGGGGGCUGCCAGCAGCUGUGCCUCUUCCGGGGCAACGGGCAGAGGACGUGCGCCUGCGCCCACGGCAUGCUCUCCGAGGACGGCGUGAGCUGCCGGGACUACGACGGCUACCUGCUGUAUUCAGAGCGCACCAUCCUCAAGAGCAUCCACCUGUCAGAUGAGAACAACCUCAAUGCGCCCAUCAAGCCCUUUGAGGAUGCAGAGCACAUGAAGAACGUCAUCGCUCUGGCCUUCGACUACCGCUACGGCUCCAAGGGCAGCAACCGCAUUUUCUACAGCGACAUCCACUUUGGCAACAUCCAGCAAAUCAACGACGACGGCACAGGGCGCAAGACCAUUGUGGAGAACGUGGGCUCAGUGGAGGGGCUGGCCUACCACCGUGGCUGGGACACGCUCUACUGGACAAGCUAUACCACCUCCACCAUCACACGCCACACUGUGGACCAGAGCCGCCUGGGGGCUUUCGAGAGGGAGACCGUGAUCACCAUGUCGGGAGACGAUCACCCCCGGGCCUUUGUGUUGGACGAGUGCCAGAACCUGAUGUUCUGGACCAACUGGAAUGAGCAGCACCCCAGCAUCAUGCGUGCCACUCUGUCUGGUGCCAAUGUUCUCAUCAUCAUUGACCAGGACAUACGGACACCCAAUGGACUGGCCAUUGACCACAAGGCUGAGAAGAUUUACUUCUCGGAUGCCACACUGGACAAAAUCGAGCGCUGCGAAUAUGAUGGCUCCCACCGCCACGUGAUCCUGAAAUCGGAGCCUGUGCACCCCUUUGGCCUGGCUGUCUAUGGUGAUUACAUCUUCUGGACGGACUGGGUACGCAGGGCUGUACAGCGAGCUAACAAAUAUGUGGGCACCGACAUGAAGCUUCUGCGUGUUGACAUCCCCCAGCAGCCCAUGGGUAUCAUUGCUGUGGCCAACGACACCGACAGCUGUGAGCUGUCCCCCUGCAGAGUGAACAACGGUGGCUGUCAGGAUCUCUGCCUGCUCACACCCAAAGGACACGUCAACUGCUCCUGCCGUGGCGAGCGCGUCCUGCAGGAGGACUUCAGCUGCAAAGCGCUGAACUCAACCUGCAACGUGCAUGACGAGUUCGAAUGUGGGAAUGGCGACUGCAUUGAUUUCAGCCGGACCUGCGAUGGUGUGGUGCACUGCAAGGACAAGUCAGAUGAGAAGCAGUCCUACUGCAGCAGCCGCAAGUGCAAGAAGGGUUAUCUGCACUGCAUGAACGGCCGCUGCAUUGCCAGUCGCUACUGGUGCAAUGGCGUGGAUGACUGCGGGGACAACUCGGACGAAGUACCGUGUAACAAAACGAGCUGCGCGGCCACGGAGUUCCGCUGCCGGGACGGGAGCUGCAUUGGGAAUUCGAGCCGCUGCAACCAGUUCAUCGACUGUGAGGACGCUUCUGACGAAAUGAACUGCACCGCCACUGACUGCAGCAGCUAUUUCAAGCUUGGGGUGAAGGGCACAACCUUCCAGAAGUGUGAACACACCUCCCUGUGCUACGCGCCGAGCUGGGUGUGCGACGGGGCCAACGACUGCGGAGACUACUCAGACGAGCGCAACUGCCCAGGUGGGAGAAAACCCAAAUGUCCAGCCAAUUACUUUGCCUGCCCAAGCGGGAGGUGCAUCCCCAUGACCUGGACCUGCGACAAAGAGGACGACUGCGAGAACGGAGAAGACGAGACUCACUGCAGUGAGCGGCAGGACAAAUUCUGCUACCCCGUGCAGUUUGAGUGCAACAACCACCGCUGCAUCUCCAAGCUCUGGGUGUGUGAUGGGGCAGACGACUGUGGUGAUGGCUCUGAUGAAGACAGCCGCUGCCGACUGACGACCUGCAGCACGGGGUCCUUCCAGUGUCCGGGCACCUACGUGUGCGUGCCGGAGCGCUGGCUCUGUGACGGAGACAAGGACUGCGCAGACGGCGCCGACGAGACCCUGGCUGCCGGCUGCUCCUGCCACGCCCACUCGGGCGAGGCGCCCAAGAACCCGCGCUGCACCAGCCCUGAGAACAAGUGCAACGACUCCUUCUUCCUGUGCAAGAAUGGUAAGUGCAUCCCGGAGGCCCUGCUUUGUGACAACAAUGAUGACUGCACAGAUGGUUCCGAUGAGCUCAACUGCUUCAUCAACGAGUGUCUCAACAAGAAACUCAGCGGCUGUUCCCAGGAGUGCGAGGACCUGAAGAUCGGGUACAAGUGUAGAUGCCGUCCUGGGUUCCGGCUCAAGGACGAUGGGAAGACAUGCAUUGAUGUCGAUGAGUGCUCCACCACCUACCCCUGCAGCCAGAAAUGCAUCAACACCCUGGGGAGCUACAAGUGCCUCUGCAUAGAGGGCUACAAGCUCAAACCUGACAACCCCACCAGCUGCAAAGCUGUUACAGAUGAAGAGCCUUUCCUCAUCUUUGCCAACCGGUAUUACCUGAGGAAGCUCAACCUGGACGGCUCCAACUACACCCUGCUAAAACAGGGACUGAACAAUGCGGUGGCUCUGGAUUUUGACUACCGGGAGCAGAUGAUCUACUGGACAGACGUGACCACACAGGGCAGCAUGAUCCGCCGCAUGCACAUCAACGGGAGCAAUGUUCAGGUUCUUCACCGCACGGGUCUCAGCAACCCUGACGGGCUGGCUGUGGACUGGGUGGGAGGCAACCUGUACUGGUGUGACAAAGGUCGGGACACCAUCGAGGUGUCAAAGCUCAACGGUGCCUACCGCACAGUGCUGGUGAACUCGGGCCUGCGCGAGCCCCGGGCGCUGGUGGUGGACGUGCAGAACGGUUACCUGUACUGGACCGACUGGGGUGACCACUCCCUGAUUGGGAAGAUUGGCAUGGAUGGCACCAACCGCAGCGUCAUUGUGGACACCAAAAUAACAUGGCCCAAUGGCCUCACCCUUGACUACAUCAACAGCCGAAUCUAUUGGGCCGAUGCACGGGAAGACUACAUUGAGUUUGCCAGCCUGGAUGGCUCCAACAGGCACACGGUCCUGAGCCAGGACAUCCCGCACAUCUUCGCGCUCACCCUCUUUGAGGAUUUCAUCUACUGGACUGACUGGGAGACCAAGUCCAUCAACCGAGCUCACAAGACAACGGGUGCCAACAAGACACUGCUGAUCAGCACGCUGCACCGUCCGAUGGACAUCCACAUCUACCACCCCUACCGCCAGCCUGACGUUCCCAACCAUCCCUGUAAGACCAACAAUGCAGGCUGCAGCAACCUCUGCCUCCUGUCGCCAGGCGGGGGACACAAGUGUGCUUGUCCCACCAACUUCUACUUGGGCAGCGAUGGGAAAACCUGUGUCUCCAACUGCACAGCCAGCCAGUUUGUCUGCAAGAACGACAAGUGCAUCCCUUUCUGGUGGAAAUGCGACACCGAGGACGACUGCGGGGACCGUUCGGAUGAGCCCGAGGACUGCCCUGAAUUCAAAUGCCGGCCAGGGCAGUUCCAGUGUUCCACUGGGAUCUGCACCAACCCAGCCUUCAUCUGUGAUGGGGACAAUGAUUGCCAGGACAACUCAGAUGAGGCCAACUGUGAUAUCCAUGUGUGUCUGCCCAGCCAGUUCAAAUGCACCAACACCAACCGCUGCAUCCCAGGCAUCUUCCGCUGCAACGGUCAGGAUAACUGCGGUGACGGCGAGGAUGAGAAGGACUGCCCGGAGGUGACUUGUGCCCCCAACCAGUUCCAGUGUGCGAUCACUAAGCGCUGCAUCCCCCGGGUCUGGGUGUGCGACCGGGAUAACGACUGUGUGGAUGGCUCAGAUGAACCUGCCAACUGCACACAAAUGACCUGUGGCGUGGAUGAGUUUCGGUGCAAGGACUCGGGCAGGUGUAUCCCAGCGCGCUGGAAGUGCGACGGGGAGGACGACUGCGGGGAUGGCUCCGACGAGCCAAAGGAGGAAUGCGCAGAGCGCACCUGCGAGCCCUACCAGUUCCGCUGCAAGAACAACCGCUGCGUGCCGGGGCGCUGGCAGUGCGACUAUGACAACGACUGCGGGGACAACUCGGAUGAGGAGAGCUGCAGUACGUGCGCCUGGGAGCCCAUGUUGGCCUGGGAGGAGGGUGUGCAGAGGAGAGCGGAGCAGCGCAGGCGCUGCCCCAGCCCUCUGCCUGCACGUGGGGCAGGGCGCGUCAGGCUGGUUUGGGGGCUGAGUAGCGUUCUCCAGUUGGACGGAGCUAGUGUGACUCCAAGGCGUCUGGCUUGUUUGGUCCCUCAACCAAGGCGCUUCAGUUCCCCAGCUCCUGGCAGUUUAAAGGAGAGGUCAGAAGUGGUGACGGGUAACUGGGAGGCAGCGAGUCCCAGCACCUUCCUGGGCAAGCUGGGCGCAGAGCAGUUCAGCCUACUGUGCGGUUGUAGUCACCUGCUGAGCUCGCGCGCACCACUUGCAAGGCAGCUUGUGUCGGUUUGGCCUGCAGCGCGAUGGAACAGGCCGCGUCUUGGAACCAAUUUUCCCGGCACGGGGCACCCGCAGCCGGGCAAGGGAGGCAGUCCCAGAGCCUGCUGGCGGCCCCGGACGCCCCGAGGGGCGGUGGGGACCUCGCAGCUGGCCACAGCCCCCCCAGGGCCCGCCCCGGUGUGCAGGGGAGUCCCGUUGAGAGACCAGAGUUGGACCUGGGACCUGGGUUGGGGCUUGGAGUGGGGAGAGCCAGUGGGGAGAUGCAGGGUGCUGGAGUCUCACUUCGCUGCGGGGAAGAAAGAGGGCAGAGAACUGGGCCAGCAGCCGGGUGAUGCUCCUUGCUUUAGUCUCCGGAGCCCGUUUUCACUCGUGGGACAGAUCUCUCCGGAGACCAGGCAGGGCAGCAGCCGUUCUGGACAAGCGCGACAGCCUGGCUAUGGCGUCUCCUUUCACCGUCACCGUUUGUUUCUGUUUGCCGGUGCAGUGAAAUUCCAGUGUCCCCCCAACAGACCGUUCCGCUGCAAGAACGACCGGGUGUGUCUGUGGAUCGGUCGACAGUGCGACGGCAUUGACAACUGUGGCGACAACACCGACGAGAAGGACUGCGAGUCCCCCACAGCCAAGCCCAAGAGCUGCAGCCAGGACAAGAACGAGUUCCUCUGCGAGAACAAGAAGUGCAUCAGUGCCAGCCUCCGCUGCAACUUCUUCGAUGACUGUGGGGACGGCUCAGACGAGGAGUCCUGCUCCCACGAUCACAAGUCGUAUGACUGCAUGACCAACACCACCAUGUGCGGGGAUGAGGCCCAGUGCAUCCAGUCGCGGUCCACCACGUACUGCACCUGUCGCAGAGGCUUCCAGAAAGUGCCAGACAAGAAUUCCUGCCAAGAUGUCAAUGAGUGCCUGCGAUUUGGGACCUGCUCCCAGCUCUGCAACAAUACCAAGGGCUCCCACGUGUGCAGCUGCGCCAAGAACUUCAUGAAGACAGACAACAUGUGCAAGGCAGAAGGCUCAGAGCACCAGAUCCUGUACAUUGCUGAUGACAACAAGAUCCGGAGCAUGUACCCCUUCAACCCCAACUCGGCCUACGAGCCGGCCUUCCAGGGCGACGAGAACGUGCGCAUCGACGCCAUGGACAUCUACGUCAAGGGCAACAAGAUCUAUUGGACCAACUGGCACACCGGCAGGAUCUCGUACCGCGAGCUGCCUGCCUCUUCUGCCGCCUCCACCGCCUCCAACCGCAACCGGCGCCAGAUCGACGGCGGCGUCACCCACCUCAAUAUCUCAGGGCUGAAGAUGCCUCGGGGUAUUGCUAUCGACUGGGUUGCUGGGAACAUCUACUGGACGGACUCUGGGCGGGAUGUCAUCGAGGUGGCACAGAUGAAAGGCGAGAAUCGCAAGACGCUGAUCUCGGGCAUGAUCGACGAACCCCAUGCCAUCGUAGUUGAUCCACUUAGGGGGACUAUGUACUGGUCAGACUGGGGCAAUCACCCCAAGAUUGAGACAGCCGCUAUGGAUGGGACGCUGCGGGAGACCCUGGUGCAAGACAACAUCCAGUGGCCAACAGGGCUGGCCGUGGACUACCACAAUGAGAGGCUGUACUGGGCCGAUGCCUUUGGCAGCACCGGGCUCAACGGCACUGACCCUGUCGUGGCCAUCGACAACAAGAAGGGGCUGAGCCAUCCCUUCAGUAUCGACGUCUUUGAGGACUACAUCUACGGCGUCACCUACAUCAACAACCGCAUCUUCAAGAUCCACAAGUUUGGGCACAAGUCCGUCACCAAUCUGACGUCUGGCCUCAACCACGCCACCGACGUGGUGCUCUACCACCAGUACAAGCAGCCAGAGGAUGCAGCUGCACGCUCGGAGGUGCAGGAGCUGGGCGACAUCUCGGUGCACACCUGUGGCACGGUGGCAUGUGCACGCUCACACAGGCAGUGCUGGCACCAGGGCUCACUGCACACCCCCGUCUGCAUGCAGAGUCGCAUGGAUGCACCGUGUACAUCCCGGCACAUGCAGGCACCUACUCGGGUCCCUCCCUGCACCCCGGCAGAGCCCUCCACUGUGCCGCGCCACUGGCCACCACAUUAG